UUCUUAUUUAUUUAUUUUCCCAAAUAAAAAGAAAAAGAGAAACCUGGGGAGAAGUCAGGAAAGAGCAGGUGGAGCACGAAGGCUCCAUUCUCUGAUAAGUACUUUUGCUUCUCUGAAUUACCUCCCCAAAGAACUACUACUUUUAUAUUCAUUGCAAAAACUUGGCCAACUUGGUUUGUGAGAUUUAUAGUUGGGUGGAAAGUUGGCAGUAUGCCAGAGGUUUCAAAUGGUCGUAGACCAUCAGUUGCUACUUUUCUCAGACAGUUUGCAUCUACUAUUAUUCCACUUGUCAAUGUAAAACAGUCGAUGCCCACCACCCAAAUUAACAUUGUAUUGGCGGAACCUCGAUGCAUGGCUGGAGAGUUUUUCAACGCUAAGGUUCUUCUUGAUUCUUCAGACCCUGACACAGUAGUUCAUUCAUUUUGUGCCGAAAUAAAGGGAAUCGGCAGAACUGGAUGGGUGAACAUUCAUACCGAUAAAAUUUUUGAGACGGAGAAGACAUAUAUCGACACUCAAGUGCAACUUUGUGAUUCUGGAACGUGUCUCCCGGUUGGAAAACAUCAAUUUCCAGUUCAAAUUCGAAUUCCUCUAAACUGUCCGAGCAGUUAUGAAAGUCAAUUUGGAAGCAUACGAUAUCAAAUGAAAGUCGAGCUAAGAGCAAGUACUGAUCAAGCAUCAUGUUCCGAGGUAUUCCCACUAGUUAUUCUAACACGUUCAUUUUUUGAUGACGUUCCACUGAAUGCAAUGUCUCCAAUUGAUUUCAAAGACGAGGUAGAUUUCACUUGUUGUACUCUUCCGUUUGGCUGUGUUUCACUAAAUAUGUCUCUUACAAGAACUGCCUUUAGAAUUGGAGAGUCAAUAGAAGCAGUUGUAACGAUUAACAAUCGAACACGGAAAGGAUUGAAAGAAGUUGCUCUUCAGUUAAUCAUGAAAACACAAUUUGAAGCCAGGAGUCGAUAUGAGCAUGUUAAUGAGAAGAAGCUCGCUGAGCAACUUAUUGAAAUGGUUCCUCUUGGAGCAGUUAAAUCCAGGUGUAGAAUGGAGUUCGAAAAAUGUCUGUUACGGAUCCCAGACGCAGCUCCACCAACUCAGAAUUACAAUCGAGGCGCAGGGGAAAGCUCAAUUAUUGCAAUACAUUAUGUGCUGAAACUUACAGCUCUUCCAGGAAUCGAAUGUGAAAUUCCAUUGAUUGUGACAAGUUGUGGAUAUAUGGAUCCACAUAAACAAGCAGCAUUUCAACAUCAUUUAAAUCGAUCAAAAGCAAAAGUUUCAAAAACUGAACAACAACAAAGAAAAACGAGGAACAUUGUUGAAGAGAAUCCAUAUUUUAGAUAAAAUAUUUCUUUUUUUUUCUAACUAUAUUUCUGAAUAACGGGUAUUUUGUAUUCAAGUUUUGGUCUUAUUUAUAAACAUUUUGAAGCACU